AUGUAUUGCCACCUUGUUUCUCCUUCGUGGUGGAAGAAUCUAUCUCUAGUAGAAAACUUGAGCUUUGCAAGGAAUCGACUGGUUGAAAGUUAUUUGUGGGCAGUGGGAGUUGCUUUUGAGCCUCAACAUAACAGUUUUAGAAAAUGGCUAACAAAAGCCAUAAAUUUCAUCAUAAUAAUUGAUGAUAUUUAUGAUGUUUAUGGCUCAUUGGAAGAACUAGAAUGCUUCACCAAUUCAGUUGAAAGGUGGGAUGACAAGGAAAUUCAACAACUUCCAGAGUGCAUGAAGAUUUGCUUUCAGGCACUCUACAACACCACUAAUGAAGUUGCUUAUGAAAUUCAGGAAGAAAAGGGUUGGAAGAACUCAGUAUUACCUUAUCUGCACAAAGUGUGGGUAGACUUUUGCAAAGCAUUACUUGUGGAAGCAAGGUGGUACAACAAGGGUUACACACCAACCCUAGAUGAGUAUCUUGAAAACAGGUGGGUUUCGUCAUCCGGACCCAUUCUUUCUCAGCAUGCAUUUUUCUCUGUAAUGGAAGAGACAACAAGGGAAGAGCUUGUAAAUAUUUUGGCAAAGAGUGAUGAUCUUGUGCAUUGUACAUCAAUGAUCAUUCGACUUUGCAAAGACCUUGGAACUUCUGCGGCAGAACUAGAGAGAGGAGAUGCUCCAUCGUCAAUCCUUUGUUUCAUGAGAGAAGCCAAUGUCUCAGAGGAGAUAGCAAGGGAGCACAUUAGAACCACAAUAAAGGAUACAUGGGACAAAAUUAACCAUGAAUUCAUCACCCAAUCUCCUUCUUUGCAACCUUUUGUCAAAUACACUAUCAACACAGCUAGAGUGGCUCAUUUUAUUUACCAACAUGGAGAUGGUUUUGGCAAUCAAGACCGUGAGACACGAGCCCAAGUCCUCUCUAAGCUUAUCGAACCUCUCAAGCUCAAUUGA